AUGCAGCGGUGUUACGGAGAAGGCUCGGGUCGACUGUGGCUCUCGCCGAUUGUCAUUUGUUGUAUUUUGGCAGUGUGUGUACUCGCACGUGUCUUGUCACACCCGCAGUGUCUGGACUUUAAGCCGCCCUUCCGACCGCUCAGGGAGCUGGAGUUUUGCGUCAUGUACAAGGAGUUUGGCUGCUGUGAUUAUCAGAGGGACCAAGAGCUGAUGACAAAGUACUACCAGAUUAUGGAUCAUUUUGAUCAUUAUGGAUAUGCCAACUGUGCUGGGUUCGUCCUGGAGCUGCUAUGCCAGGAAUGCUCUCCAUAUGCAGCUCACCUCUUUGAUGCGGAGGACCCAAGCACCCCAGUCAGGACCAUCCCUGGCCUCUGUCCUGAGUACUGCUCCCAGUUUUGGAAGAAGUGCAGCGCCACCAUCCCGUUCCUGUCUGACGACCCACACACAGCCGAAAUCAAAGAAGACCAAACACUUCUCUGCCAGUAUCUGAAGCUUGACGAUGUGGACUACUGUUACCCUCACCUCCUCAGCAGCCAGAAGCUCACCCAGAAUCUGGGCCGGGUUCAGUCAGACUCUGAGGGUUGUCUCCAGCUGUGCCUGGAAGAAGUUGCGAACGGGUUGCAGAACCCGCUUGCCAUGGUGCAUGCCAACGAUGGCACGCAUCGGUUUUUUGUGGCGGAACAAGUAGGUUUGGUGUGGAUUUAUCUUCCUGAGCGGUCCAAACUGGAGAGACCUUUUUUGAACAUUACUAGGACGGUGUUAACGUCAUCAUGGGAAGGUGACGAGAGAGGCUUUCUAGGACUCACCUUUCACCCCAAGUACAAAUACAAUGGGAAGCUCUAUGUGUAUUACUCAGUGGAGGUGGGUUUUGAUGAGAGGAUUAGGAUUAGUGAGUUCCAUGUUUCAGCCAAAGACAUGAAUGUGGUGGAUCAUGCCUCUGAGCGGGUUAUUUUGGAGAUUGAUGAACCAGCAUCCAAUCACAAUGGAGGGCAACUUCUAUUUGCAGAUGAUGGCUACUUGUAUGUUUUCACAGGGGAUGGUGGAAUGGCAGGAGAUCCCUUUGGGAAAUAUGGGAAUGCCCAGAACAAGUCAGCUCUGUUGGGUAAAGUUCUCCGCAUUGAUGUGAAUGACAAUGAGAGAGGCCCAUUGUACAGAAUUCCUCCAGAUAACCCCUUCAUACAGGAGCGGGGGGCACGACCUGAGAUUUAUGCUUACGGGGUCCGCAAUAUGUGGAGGUGUUCUGUGGAUCGGGGUGACCAAUGGACCAAAGAGGGCAAAGGGCGUAUCUUCUGCGGGGAUGUGGGCCAGAACAAGUUUGAAGAGAUUGACAUCAUUGAGAAAGGUCGAAACUUCGGAUGGAGAGCCAAGGAGGGCUUCUCUUGCUACGACAAGAAGCUGUGUGCCAACAGCUCGCUAGAUGAUGUCCUCCCUAUUUAUGCAUACCCUCACAAGAUGGGCAAGUCAGUGACUGGUGGCUAUGUGUACCGAGGCUGUGAAUACCCCAACAUGAACGGCAUGUACAUAUUUGGAGACUUCAUGAGCGGGCGUUUGAUGAGUCUGCGGGAAGACAGAAACACAGGGAGAUGGAAAUACAAUGAGAUAUGUAUGGGGAAGGGCCUGACCUGUGCCUUCCCUGGACUCAUCAACAACUACCACCAGUACAUCAUCUCCUUUGCAGAGGAUGAAGCUGGCGAACUGUACUUCAUGUCAACUGGAAUACCGAGUGCCACAUCACCUUCAGGAGUCAUUUAUAAAAUCGUGGACCCCUCCAGACGUGCUCCACCAAGACAAUGUCACUAUGACCCUCUUCCUGUUAGAGUGAAAAGCAACCUCAUCAAGUUUGUUCCCCAGGAAAUAUUAAUUGGUGUUGAGCCACCAAAGAAAACCCUGCCUGAGCCACCACCCACGGAGCCCUUCGACUGGCUCCAAGAGUUAAUUGAUCGUCUAGGAGGACCAGAACCGACCACCCCGUUACCAACCACAACUACCACCAAAUCAACAAAACAAUUGAGGCGGAAAGGCAGACACAGGAAGGGCAAAUCCAGAACGGAAAGUACACCCGAGCUCCAGAAUGGAGUGGUGAGGCUGGUUGGGGAUGAACAGGGCCGCAGCGACCGUGGACGGGUGGAGAUCUACGUUAACAGGGACUGGGGCACCGUGUGUGAUGACCUAUGGACCACCAAGAAUGCUGCAGUGGUUUGCCGGCAGCUGGGCUUCAGGUAUGCUCUGAAGGCAGCCAAAAAUUCAGAGUUCGGGGAGGGGAAAGAUCUGCAGAUUCUUCUGGAUGAUGUUCAGUGUGUAGGAACCGAGUCCAGCCUGCUGGACUGCAAACAUGCUGGUGUGGGCACACAUAACUGUGCCCAUUAUGAAGAUGCUGGAGUGAUCUGUGGCAACUUGCACUACAUUGUUGAAAUCUAA